AUGGUACAUUCAAAUGAUUAGCAAUUUCAACUCAGAUUUAUUGAUCCAUAUAGAAGAGUGAAGGGUAAACAGUAUGAGUAUCAACACAUUAUGACUCCUGAAGGCAUAUGCAUUGUUGGUUAAGUAGAUCAACACUUCAUAAUGCUAAUAGAACACAACAAUAAAACUGAAGUCAUGGGAAUCAAAAUUAUUGUGGAUGGCUACACUUUGCCUGGAAGGAAAACCUUCAAAGGAAAGUGCAGAAUACAAGGUUUCCCUAACUCUGAUGGAAAUAUAAAUUGUUUUAAAUUUGCAAAACCAAAGGCAGACCCUGAUUCUACCAACAUUUUUAAACGAAAUCUUUAUAGACCCCCAUGGGAUCUAGAAUAAAAUGAUAUGCGUAAUUACACUGGAGGUCCAGGAGAGAUUAUUGUCAAGAUCUAUGAAACUGUUUAGAAAUAGAAUAAGUAUUAUAACUCUGGUGGGUGUGAUUAUAGAACAAAUGAACCUAUGUUUGUGGAGGUUACAAAAAAUGAUAAUAAGGAAGCUGAAGAUCAAUGUUUGGGAAUUGCAAUUGGGAAUGUUAUUGAAAUCCAGCCAAGACCAUAUAAAGAGGAACGGAGAUACAGAGAUAUUAUCAAAUAUGACUGCAUUGUGUAAUCAUUUAGAGUUAUUUAUAUGGAUUCCUCCUCUUUAGUGUCAAAAGGAUUUAUUCAAUUGUCCUGUCACACUCAUAUCAGAUAUUUGACUGAGGAGUAUUUCUUGGAUAAUGAACCAGCCAUGAUUUAAGUAUUGUAGACGUUGAUAGAGAGUGGACAGAAGGAUAAGGAAGAAAAUGAAAUCUUUUAAGAAGCUAAAAUAUUGGUGGAACGUUUGGAUUACUAUUUUCAAGGAGAAUUAUUAAAUAUUUUUAUGAGCAAGGAGAAUCAAGAGUAGUUCCAACUAAAUGCUGCAUUGAGGAUUUAGUACAUUGAGGGUGAACUAAUUAAAUUUAUGAAUGGAUGGCCAGAGUUCUUCACAAAUCUAGACACCAAGAUGUUUGGUAUUAAACAAAGAUUUAAUUAACAGAUUUAUUUAGAAACAAUUGAAAAUCAGAUACACAUUGAGCUAAUAUGA